AUGCCUUCAGCUGCCAACCUUUACAAGAUACUUGGCGUCUCUGAAAAUGCCACUCAAAUGGAGAUCAGACAGGCAUACAUGGAAAAGGCCGCAAAGUAUCAUCCUGACCGAAAUCCAGAAGGUGGCGACAAGUUCAUUGAAGUAGCCACAGCAUACAACAUCUUAUCCGACAAAGACCGCUUGAAGGCGUACAAGGAUGAAAAAGAAGAGGACACCUUUUAUCGUGCUGAUCAAACCGACGUCUUUGAGCAAGUGACCACAGCCUUCGCAGAGGAGAUACGUAGCAGAAUGGAUGCCAAGCGUUUGAAAGAAAACAUUCGUGAAGCCGACUUGGGAUUGAAUGUGCGUACUAUCGUUGCGGUGACACUCAACGAGCUUUACAAUGGCGCCGAGAAGCAAGUCGACUAUCGACGCAUGAUCGUAUGCAGAGAUUGCCAAGGAUCACGGUUUACUUUUCAGGAUGACAAGUGUCUAACCUGCAGUGGUCAAGGCAAGGUGAAAAGAAACCGCAAGAAAAAGAACCGCUAUGUUGCAUGCGAGCGAUGUCGUGGAAGUGGCAAGAUCAAGGUCAGAAAGUCAUGCACCGUUUGCAAUGGAUUACGCUAUACCGAAUCCAAGGAAUCGGCUACUAUCAUUAUCCCAAAGGGAGGACCACGCACUGGCAAGAUUUGUCUCACCAACAAAGGUCAUGAAACGCAUGGUCCACGACCACGUCGUCAAAUGAGCCAUGUCAUUGUGGGUAUCAACUUGAUUGGACAUCGUGAUUUCAAGCUGCACCACAACCAACGCGAUCUUAUCACCUGCGUUCCAAUUACAUUGAGUGAAGCACUGCUUGGAUUCGACAAGGUCUUGUUGACGCAUUUGGAUGGACGCAAGAUCAAAGUAUCCAAUCCCGCUGGCAAUGUUAUUGAUCCAUCAUCAAAAAAGUACAUUCGAGGUGAAGGAAUGCCCAUCGCAUAUGACUCGUCACGCAAGGGCGACUUGAUUAUCCUGUUUGACGUCCAAUUCCCUCGCAAGUUGGUUCUUUCACCAUCAAAACAAGAUCAGCUAGUCAGCAUUCUCAAUCAACAACAAGACACUUCCACAGUGCCCUUUGAACGUGUAUCUCACGGUGGCAAUGAUAGCUAUCGUCCUACAACAGCUUCCUCGUCAUCCUCCUCUGAUGCUGGUAUUGUCCAUGAACGAGCUCUUGUGGAUGACACGACCAAUGACCACAUCCACCCACUUUCCGAUCCCGGCUUUUGUGGCCACUGCAAUACCAAGCCCCUUUUCGACGAGAAUGAAAUGUUUGGUGAGAAGCAACAGCCACAUCACGAAUCGAGAUUGAGCCUUGAUCUGUUCCUUGAUAUGAUCGGUGUGCAUGGUCCUUAUGACGAUGACGAAUUUGACGAUGAAGAUGAUGAAGAAGAGGAAUUCUUUAUCUAG